AUGUUUGAAGUGAAUAUUCGCCAAUUAUGUGAUGUCAUGGAACAUCAUAAUACUGAUGGUGUUGAACGACUAAAAUUAUUAGGUGGUACAAAUGAAUUAAUAAAAAAAUUACGAUCAGAUAUGGUGAAUGGUAUUUCACAAGAUGAACAAGAAUUAGAAAAACGAGAAGAAAUAUUUGGUCUUAAUGAAAUUCCUCCUAAUCCACCUAAAUCCUUUUUUCUUCUAGUCAAAGAAGCAAGUGAAGAUAUUCUCAUCAUGAUGUUAUUAGUAUGUGCUGUUGUAAGUAUAGGUUUAUCGUUUUAUCAAGAUAUAGAUGAAAGACGUUUAAAAGAAAUUCAUGAUACAUUUGUAUUUAAUCAUCAACUGUACAAUAUUCAACAUGAAAAUAAUAUCGAUUGGUUAGAAGGUGUAGCAAUUUUAGUUUCUGUAAUUCUUGUUGUAUUUGUUACGGCAUUUAAUGACUGGCGAAAAGAACGACAAUUUCGUGGAUUAAAAAAGAAACUCGAAUUACAAGAACAUGUAACAGUUAUUAGAGAUGGUCAUGUUAUCGAAAUAGAAAUGAAAAAAUUAAUGGUCGGUGAUAUUUAUAUGUGUAAAUAUGGAGAUAUUGUGCCAGCCGAUGGUAUUAUUAUUCAAAGUAAUGAUAUUAAAACCGAUGAGUCAAGUUUAACUGGAGAAUCAAAAUUGUUGAAGAAAAGUGCUGAACUAGCUCCAUUUCUUUUAUCUGGUACGCAAAUUAUGGAAGGUACGGGUCGAAUGUUAGUAACAGCUGUUGGUGUUAAUUCACAAGCAGGUAUCAUUAAAAGUUUAUUAAGUAAUAAACAACAUUUAUCACGGAGAAAAACUGGUGAUAUAAAAACACAUAGUACAAUGGAUGAAAUAACUGGUGUAAAAUUUAGUAUAACAGAUAGUAAUAUUGGUGGAAUUGGUGAUACAGAUACGAUUUAUUCAAAUAUAAAUCAAACAGGUGAUGAUUUAAAUGAUAAACAAAAAUCGGUUUUACAAGAAAAAUUAGGAAAAUUAUCAUUUCAAAUUGGUACAAUGGCAAUAAUUCUUGCCUCAUUAACAAUGUUUGUAUUAUUUUUAAGAUUUCUUAUAGAAGAUUUACAACAAUUUACAGCUAAAGAUGUUAAAGAAAUUAUACGAAUUAUUAUCACUGGAGUUACAGUACUAGUAGUAGCCAUACCAGAAGGAUUACCAUUAGCUGUAACAAUAUCAUUGGCAUAUGCUGUCAAUAAAAUGUUAGAUGAUCAUAAUUUUGUAAGACAUUUAGAUGCUUGUGAAACAAUGGGUAAUGCAACAACAAUAUGUUCAGAUAAAACAGGAACUUUAACAAUGAAUCGAAUGACUGUUGUUCAAUUCUACAUGGGACUUCGAAUUUAUACAGAUGUUCAUUUAAAACAAAAUUUAUCUAUAAAUCAAAAUUUAAUUACAUCUUUUUGUGAAUCAAUAUCAGUUAACAGUAAUUAUUCAUCAAAAAUUAUUUCAACCUAUAAUGAAAAUGAACUUGAUCAACAAAUAGGAAAUAAAACGGAAUGUGGUCUUCUUGGAAUGGUUCGACAAUUAAAACGAGAUUAUGAAAUAUAUCGAUAUAAAUAUCCUGAAACAUCAUUUUUACAUGUUUAUACAUUUAAUUCUAAUCGAAAAUAUAUGGCUACUGUGAUUAUUGAUGAAGAUAAACAUCGAAAAUUAUUGAUUAAAGGAGCAAGUGAAAUUAUUCUUGAACGAUGUAUUAAUAUAUUAGAUGAAUACGGUUCAGAAAUACAAUUGACACAAACGUUAAAAACACACAUAUUAACAAUAAUUAUACAACAGAUGGCGAGUGAAGGUUUAAGAACGAUUGCAUUAGCGUAUCGAUAUUUACCAACAACUCGUUCUAUUAACUGGGAUGAUGAAGAAAGUAUAUUGUCCAAUCUAACACUAAUAGCAAUUUGUGCUCUUCAAGAUCCUGUACGUCCCGAAGUACCAGAAGCAAUUCGUUUAUGUCAAAGAGCAGGUAUAACGGUUCGAAUGGUUACAGGAGAUAAUAUUGCCACAGCAAGAGCAAUUGCUCAAAAAUGUGGCAUAAUUUAUCCAGGAGAUUUAUCUCUUGUUAUCGAGGGUACAGAUUUUAAUCGUUGUAUACGUCGACGAGAUGGUGAAGUCGAUCAAACAUUAUUCAAUAAUUUAUGGCCACGAUUAAGAGUACUAGCCCGAUCAUCACCAACUGAUAAAUACACGUUAGUUAAACAUAUUAUUGAAAGUCAAGUAAAUAUUGAACGAGAAAUUGUUGCUGUAACGGGUGAUGGAACAAAUGAUGGACCGGCACUAAGAAAAGCCGAUGUUGGAUUUGCAAUGGGUAAAAGCAUCCAGGGUACAGAUGUAGCUAAAGAAGCAUCAGAUGUCAUUAUAACCGAUGAUAAUUUUAAUUCAAUAGUAAAAGCCGUAUUAUGGGGACGAAAUGUGUAUGAUAGCAUUGCUAAAUUCAUUCAAUUUCAAUUAACUGUUAAUAUUGUCGCUGUAACAUUUUCAUUUGUUACAGCCUGUCUAUUACGUGAAAGUCCAUUACGAGCUGUUCAAAUGUUAUGGGUCAAUUUAAUUAUGGAUACUUUGGCAUCGUUAGCUCUAGCAGCUGAAUUACCCGAUAAAUCUUUGUUACAACGUAAACCAUAUGGACGAAAACGACCAAUAAUUAGUCGAAUAAUGAUGAAAAAUAUGAUUUCACACGCAUUCUAUCAAUUAAGCGUGAUUUAUCUAUUAUUAUUUUUUGGAGAUGAUUUAUUCGAUUUAGAUUCUGGUAUACCCGAUCGAUCUAGACACGUCUAUUUUCGUCCAAAUCAACAUUUUACAAUGAUAUUUAAUACAUUUGUGAUGAUGACGUUGUUUAAUCAAAUUAAUUCGAGAAAAGUCCACGGUGAACGUAAUGUAUUUUUGGGUUUAUGGCAGAAUAAAACAUUUUUGGGUAUAUGGAUAACAGUAUUUAUUAUACAAGUUAUUAUUGUUCAAGUUUUAGAUGAUAUAUUCUCAUGUCGUCGACUUGAUGGUGAUAUAUGGAUGGUUUGUCUAAUGUUCGGUGUCGGCAGUCUUAUGUGGGAACAAAUUAUUUGUUUUAUUAAUAUUGUUGAUAAAUCACAUAUCAAAAAUGAUACACUCGAAGAACUAUCGGAUAUAACGACAAUUUGGUCGAAUUUAUUACAACGAGUAAAUGUACAAUAUACGAUUGCUAAAGCAUAUGCACACAGUAUCAAUGUUAAUGUGUAG